GCUCAUUACAGCCUUCCUCUCAGGCUCAGAGCUCAUCAGAGGAAAAGCGGAGCACAAACAACGAGGCAAAGCGCUCCGGCUGCUGCUCUACAUUAUUUAUCUCUUCAUCACACGACAUUGGGGAUAUCUUGUCACCUUUUAUCAGUAUUGUUUUUAAUUCAACCUGCCUCUCCCUCCCCUGUGCUUUUCGAUAAAAUGGCAAACACUGGAAGAUCCUGGCGGGGCCCACUUUGAUUUACAAUAAAUAAUUUGAUCACAGAAAUGCUUCUGUAUACGUGAUGAAAACAAUGUCUCGUUUGGAGCCGAUGUCUGGAUGUGGAUUACAGGACCCCCGCAAACGGAUGGUGAUGUAAGCCUGGUCUUUCAGCGCAGCUUGGACCCAGUGGAUUCCCCUGAUCCAGUAUCAGAACACUCGGACGAUCGAAGAUUGUUGAGGGAGGAGAGUGGAGGUGUCGGGAGGACACAACUAGUGAAAUUCUCAUCAGCUGGACCGGAACGAUGCUACACUGUGCCGACUGUGAGAAACCUAUUCUGGACAGGUUCCUGCUCAAAGUUUUGGACAGACCGUGGCACAUCAAGUGUGUCCAGUGCUGCGAAUGCAAAUGUAGUCUGACAGAAAAGUGCUUCUCUAGGGAUGGGAGACUGUAUUGUAAGAACGACUUCUUUAGGAGAUUUGGGACCAAGUGUGGAGGUUGCUCACAGGGGAUUUUGCCCAGUGAUCUUGUCCGCAGGGCCAAAAGCAAAGUGUUUCACCUCAACUGUUUCACCUGCAUGAUGUGUAACAAGCAGCUGUCCACCGGGGAGGAGCUGUACAUCCUGGACGAGUUCAAGUUUGUCUGCAAGGAGGACUACCAGAACAACAACGGGAAGGACACGAUCCUCCUGUCAGUCACGACGUGCAGCGACCCGAGCCUCUCGCCGGACUCGCAGGACCCGCAGGACGACGGGAAGGACUCGGAGGGCGGACACGCGUCCGACAAGGAGGCGUGCGGCAACGACAACGACGAGCAGAGCGCCGUCGGCAAGCGGCGCGGGCCCCGGACCACCAUCAAGGCCAAGCAGCUGGAGACGCUGAAGGCUGCGUUCGCGGCCACGCCGAAGCCCACCAGGCACAUCCGGGAGCAGCUGUCCCGGGAGACCGGCCUCAACAUGAGGGUGAUCCAGGUUUGGUUCCAGAACCGGAGGUCCAAAGAGCGACGCAUGAAGCAGCUGAGCGCGCUGAGCGCGCGGAGACACGUGUUUUUCCGGAGUCCGAGGAGAAUGAGAUCUCUAGGAGAGAGACUGGAACCAGGAGAGCUCGGCCAUUUCUCUUAUUAUGGAGAUUAUCCGAGCGAAUACUACGGCCCAGGUGGGAAUUACGAGUACUUCCAAGGCCCCCCUUCGUCCCAGGCUCAGACCCCCGCAGAUUUGGGCUUUGUACCCUCGACGGUCCCCGCCGGCACCCCGUUAGGAGCCAUGGACCACCACCACCACCCCCACCAACACGCAGGGGUGGGGCAGCACCACUGCGGCGCAGAAGUGCAGUGCUUCUCGGACGGCGCGUCGCACCACCCCGCGGACUCGCCCAGCCCGGAGCCCAGCGGGCCCGGCUCCAUUCACAGCAUCUCCAGCGAGAUGUGCGGGCCCGGCACGCCGUUCACGGCCGUGUCUCUCAGCGACAACGGAUACACCAACCAGCUGUCACAGCCGUCCUCGGAACUGAGUGAAGGCACUGCCUGGUAAUCCAGCUAAAACAAAGCACACUUUAUUUAUUUAUUUAUUUAUUUAUUUAUUUAUUUAUUUAUUUAUUUAUUUAUUUAUUUAUCAUUAAGGCACUUUUUUUUGACAAGAUUUUUUUAAUAUUUAAAUAUUAAAAAAGUUUAAAUGUGAAUGACUGCCAGUAUUUCUCAAGUUCCAGGCCUCAUUGAUCAAGCAAUAAGCAAAAGCAACUACAGGAACUUUAGUUAGUUUGAGAAGUUGGGCAGCAAAAGUCAUUAUAAACAAUCUCAAAAUUCAACCUUAUCAAAAUUCAACUUUACCAAGUCAGUCCGGGGGUUUUAAAAGACACCCACAGGGUGUCGGGUGAGACUGGCUGAACCUACAAAACCUGCGACAAACCUUCAAAUCCGUGUUCAAGUAAAUAAAUGUGACAUUUGUUUGGAGAGGAAGAUGUGAAACGCUUCUAUUCCCUUUGUUUACAUCGAACUUUGUCUUCAGUUGAUUGAUAAAGAAGUUUUAAAUUAUUAUUUUACAUGACCAUCUUGGAGGUUUUUGCAGCACUGUCUACUCUAAGAUCUACUUGUCUGAGAUUCUGACAUGAACAUGCAUGAUGUACUGUAUAUGUUUUAUACAAACUGAUACACAGAACUUUGUCUCUUUGUAAUGAUGUAAAAUAGGAUUUUAUCAUUUAGUGACAAAUCACAAACUAUGACUGUGACGCCCAGUAGAUCAGUACAGUGCGUCUCUCAGGACUGUGAUCAGAUUUGGGUUUUUUUGUAACGUCUUUACAUGUCUGCCUUCAGAAUGAUAUCUUUGUAAGUCUGAUGAUUUUAUAUUGGUGAAGAACGAUGAUUUGGCUUCGAUAUGAGUCCAGCUGUAAGUGGAUUAAUGAAGAAAUAUUGUAGCCUACAGAACAGUAAAUGGUUUUCUGAAAGCUC